AUGGCAAACCAGCAGUUAGACUAUAAGUUUCUCCCGACUUCACGUGGUGGACGUUAUCUAGUUGUUGAAGGCUUUGUGUUUCGAUUGAAUCGAAGACGCAACGAUGCUUCAUGGGCAUCUUGGAGAUGCCAGGAGAAGACAUGUGCUGAGACUGUCUCUACUGUGAACGACAUCAUCACCAAGCAUCCCAGCCCACAUAACCAUGGACCUGUCCAUAAUGAGAUAAAGGUCAGAGAGACACUGGACAGGAUGAAGAUGGUGGCCAAGUCAUCUCUGGGUCCGAUACCGACGCUGUACAACGAGGUUCUGGCCUCAGUGAGCGAUGGUCCUUGGACGGAAGAGAACAGGUCGUUCAUCGCAGAAAUGCCGACGUACGACACCGUCAAGAACAGACUGUACCAGGCCCGAAGAUCCACCUUCCCACCCAUCCCAUCUUCCCGACGAGAAAUCGUGAUCCCAGACGAGUUCAAAACAACCAACGCUGGCGAGCCCUUUGUCAUCAUCAACGAUGGCGACGACGAUAAGAUCCUUGGCAUGACGACAACGGUGAACAUGCAACAUCUUUGUGCUGCCGAAGUUGUGUAUGGUGACGGAACCUUUAUGUCUCACCAUCACUCUUCCUGCAGCUGUACACUCUCCAUGCUAUGGUUGGUGAUGGACUUCGAAUCUGCAGCGAAGAAUGCCGUCUCCGUCAACUUCCCUGAUGACGCUGUGGAGGGGUGUCUAUUCCACUACACACAGUGUGUGGAAAGAGACACAAAGGGGUUGGCCUUCAGGGCGACUACAACCACGGUAGAAGACAUCACCCGACGCCUGACGAGCUGCAUCACCCGCCCAGUGGGUGGAAGGCGUGCAGCGUGGAACCACUACCAGUACACCGGUCCAAAGCCUUUGGCAUGGUCGCCUUAA